AUGGCAUGCCCAACCAAACAUCAAUUCGAGUGUAUAUGGAUCGUACCCAGUCCCUGCGGCGAGAAGGAUAUUCGAGCGUGCGCCACUUGGGAGCAUAACAAAGUUUAUGAUCAAAUAACGUCUGCGCUUACCGACGAUGAGGGUGAAAAGAUAGUCAAUCACUACCAACCGAUUACUCUAAUACCGAUACCAAAGAUGAAAACCGGGUAUUUAUACUGUGCUGGAUCGGCCACCCCCACCCUGCACCAUCAAGCCUUCUGCUGCGCACGAAUUCACGGAGCUUCAUCUUGA